CGGCAGUCCCUGAGAUUUGUAGUUACCGUAAAGUCGACGGGACCAAGGGAAGGUUAAAGUGAUUCUGAAAUUACAAGACCCAGACCCAGAGCCGCCAGCGCCAUGCCGAUACUGGACCUGCACAGCAGGCUGGGUCUGAACCUGGACCGCUGGCUGCUGGCGCAAAGCGCGGAGCAGCCGUUCCGCAAGGCCGCGCGCUGCCACGAGUUCGAGAAGGAGUGGAUCGAGUGCGCGCACGGCAUCGGGCAGACCCGCGCCCGCCAGGAGUGCAAGCUCGAGUUCGAGGACUUCUACGAGUGCAUACACCGCCAGAAGACGCAAAAGCGCAUGUACGAGAUCCGGAAACAGAAGCAGAAGCUGAUGAAGGAGGGCUUGUAUACCCCUCCAGAGCACCAUACGGGGAAGCCGGACGACCGACCAUGAGCGCAUUCGGGAGUGCAUGCUUACCCCCUCUUCAGCACUGUACAACCACGCUGUGUCCAGGCGGCGCUCUGUAUUAUAAUAAAUAUUUACAUAUUGAUAUUGUGUUUCUUCCCUGUUCUAGGUAAAUUAAAAAAUUGAUGUUGA